AUGCCACAAAAAUUAAAUGAAGUUUUACGUGAUAUUGUGCAAGUUGUUAAUUUAAUAAAAGCUAGAUCUCUGAAUUCUAGAAUUUUUAAUUUAAUAUGUGAAGAUAUGGGAAGCAUACACAAGCAGUUGCUAUUGCACACCGAAGUACACUGGUUAUCGCGUGUUCCUGACAAAAAUAAAAAUUGGGUAAUAGACCCUUUAAAUGCAGAUGUACUCGAAAUUACUGGUUUAACAACAACACAAGAAAAUCAAUUAAUCGAUAUAUUCAGCAAUUCUAGUUUAAGAAGGAUUUUCAAGGAAUCUUCUUUGUCUUCUUCUUUUUGGUUGAGUUUAAGACAAAAUAAUCUAGAAAUAUCGGAAGCAGCAAUAAGACCAUUGAUACUUUUUUCAACAACUUAUCUCUGUGAAAAAGGAUUUUCUACUUAUGAGUAUACUAAAAAUAAAUAUAUAAAUCGAUUAAAUAUAGAAUCAGAUUUACGCAUUCAACUUUCUAAUAUAGAUCCUAAAAUAUAA